CGCCCUCCUGUCGACCCCGCCAACUCGGAUCGCCUCGAGCACCGCCGCGAGCAGGCCAACACAGCCGACUUGCGGGCCUGUACUUGGCCGCCAGAGCAUCUCGAAGCAGCUCUGCGCCAUGUUCGGCUCGCUCCUCGGGUCCCUCGCCAACGUCGUCUCGUCCACCGCCUCGUCGUCGACCGCGUCCUCGUCGCCCGCCGGCGCGACACCAUCCGACUCGCCCACUGCGCCUUCCUCGCCAGCACCUCCACCCGCACCUCCCUCCGCCGCACCCACGCCCGCACCCGCAGCCGCGACCGACCUCGACGACCCCGCCUUUGCGCGCUCGGCCUACUUCCAGCGCCUCCUCAAGCGCGGCACGCACGACGAGGGCCGCAUCAAGGCCAUCAAGGAGGCUGCGCUGCGGGACGGUCCACCGAGGGAGCCGGGCCCGGACGAGUGCUGUAACGAGGGGUGCGCGCUCGAGUGCGUCGUCACGAUGUGGUGGGAGGAGGAGAAGACCUGGCGCGACCUGCACCCGGACUGGAAGUCGAUCCGGCGGCAGCUCAAGGAGGAAGACGAGGACCGGCGACGCGAGGCCGAGGAGGAGGCGGCGCUCAACGGCGACGAGCCGCCAGCCACAUCUGACGAGGACGACGGCGGCAAGACGGCGCGGCGGCGAGCGAGGGGCGGACCGAGGGUCGAGAUUGGCGUCGAGCGCGAGGGAGGCCCGAGCGUCGACAAGGUCGAGCGGCCGAUGGACGAGUUGGCUUUCUAGACAGUCUCUCGCAUAGACGUAGCACCUCG